UGUUCAAUAUCCAAGUUGUGACAGUUCAAGCCUUUGCAAUUGUUGUUGGUCGAAUAGAUUGUCACAUUACCUAUUUUGUAUUAGGAAUUUAAGAUGGGUCACGGACAUGGACACGGCGAUCCCUACAAAAUCCCCGACUACAGAAUCUACAAGGUCGAGGAUGUACCUAUUCUGAUGCAAACCCAGAGGGCUUUGCAGUCGCAGGGAUUGAAAGACCCAUGGCUACGUAAUGAAGUGUGGAGAUACAACGAGAAGGAGUUUGGAACAUUCUCGUCGCGCGUCAAGAUGACUUUCUUCAGGGGAUUCAAGUAUGGUUUUGGUGCAUUUCUGGUCACCAUCGCAGGAACUGCCCUAUAUGACAAAAUGUUUCCAUCCAAACAUGAUCAUGGCCAUCAUUAAUUUAAUAAACUAUUAUUAGUAGUCUAAUGUAAAUAAACAUUCAAAACGAA